AUGGUGAGGAUUAUACCUAUGGCGUCGUCUAUUAGACCUUCUCUGUCAUCGCUAAGAUUUACUGCUACUUCUCGAAUUGGUGUUUCUCUUGCCUCGCAAAAUCCCUCUCGCAAGCUCAGUUUAUAUCAUUUUGGCAGUGCGAUUCCACAGUCACAGUGUUUCGGCCUUAAAGCUUCUAAGUUAUUAAGAGGAGAUGGGAGCAGCAUGGCAAUUAGUGCAGCUGGAAAUAUGGCACAAGCAAGCACUAACACUAGCCAAGAGAAUGCCUUAGACUGGGUCAAAAAGGACAAGAGAAGAAUGCUCCAUGUUGUUUAUCGUGUUGGGGACUUGGACAGGACCAUAAAAUUCUACACAGAGUGUCUGGGAAUGAAGCUGUUGCGAAAACGAGACAUACCUGAGGAGAGAUACACAAACGCCUUUCUUGGAUAUGGACCUGAAGAUUCUCACUUUGUUAUUGAACUCACUUACAACUAUGGAGUUGACGCAUAUGACAUUGGAUCUGGUUUUGGCCAUUUUGGUAUUGCAGUUGAUGAUGUUGCCAAAACUGUGGAACUCAUAAAGGCAAAGGGUGGCAAAGUAACCCGGGAACCCGGCCCUGUUAAAGGUGGCAGUACAGUGAUAGCAUUUAUCGAAGAUCCUGAUGGUUAUAAGUUUGAACUUUUGGAGAGGGGUCCUACACCUGAGCCGCUAUGUCAAGUAAUGCUUCGAGUUGGUGAUCUCGAGCGGUCCAUAAAUUUUCAUGAGGAGGUGAGUGUUGCUCCGUAUUUUUCGUGA